GCCGCCUUGUUUUUACGCAGCCCUGUUUUAUGAGGGAAAAUGUAUCGUCUCGGCCAACAAUCUAUCUCCAAGAUCGCCUUCAAUUCCUUUUUAUCCGCUGUGCCACGGGAAAAUUUUCAUUUUACGAGACAAUAUAAUAAAAACUGGUCGAGUAUUGGCUGAUUUUUGAUCAUAUUAUACAUUUUUCUGCACGAAAAUGCCGAGGACUAAGAAGAAGAAAAGCAAGGGGGGCCAGCAUGGAAAUGUGCAGCCUUUCAGUGAUGAGGAUGCCUCCAUUGAGACCCUCAGUCAUUGCAGCAGCUACAGUGACACUGCCAGUGUGGCAGAAGAAGGUGGCGAGGCCAGUGAGGACGCAGCCCUGGAGGAUUUCCAGUACAAACUGAAGGGGUUCAUAGAUAGCACGGUUGACAAGAGUGCGAAGACCAGGCAAGGCGCGUUGGAUGGGCUUAAGACGGCCAUGGCCACACGGAUCCUGUACGAGUUCAUCUCCGAGAGGAGGAUGACCAUCACAGACAGCAUCGAACGCUGCCUCAAGAAAGGAAAAGGAGAGGAGCAGCGAGCAGCAGCUUCUUUGGCCUGCCUGCUGUGUAUCCAGCUGGGAUCAGGCAUCGAGAGCGAGGAGGUGUUCAAGACUCUGAAACCCAUCUUCAAAAACAUCCUGGCAGAUGGAUCUGCCAACAUUCAAGCCAGACAGGCCCUUGCAACAAGUCUGGGCCUCUGUACUUUAGUGGCAGAAGAUGACAUUCUGGACGUGCACGCUACCAUGGAGUGCUUUGAGAACCUGUUCACCCGGUCCUACGCGAGAAUGGAUGGCACCUGUCCUUUGAUCAGUCCCCAGACGAGCCAGCUCCACACCAACGCCCUGCUGUCCUGGGCUCUGCUGCUCACCAUCUGUACUGCCAACCAGCUCAAAGACGUCCUGCGCAAACACCUGCCAAAACUGCCAAGAUUGUUGGAAAGUGAUGACGUCAACAUGAGAAUUGCUGCAGGGGAAACCAUUGCGCUGCUCUUUGAGUUGGCCAGAGACAUGGAUGCUGAGUUUGAGUUUGAUGACUGGGAUGAGCUGUGUGACAAACUGAACGCAUUGGCCACCGACUGUAACAAACACAGAGCAAAGACGGACAAGAGGAAGCAGCGGUCGGUGUUCAGGGACGUACUUAGAGCUGUUGAGGAGAGUGACUUCCAGCCUGAGACCAUUAGAUUCGGCACAGAGCGCAUGAUCAUCGACAGCUGGGUCAGAAAAAGGACAUACGAUGCCUUCAGGGAGUUUGUCGGCUCUGGGAUGAACUACCACCUACAGGCAAAUGAAUUCAUCAGAGACGUUUUUGAACUGGGACCACCGAUGCUGGUUGAUUCAGCCACGAUGAAGGCCAUGAAAAUCUCUCGCUUUGAAAGGCAUCUCCACAACUCUGCUGCAUUCAAGGCUCGGACCAAGGCCAGAAGCAAGUUCAGGGACAAGCGGGUGGACGUGGGAGAAUUUUAACAUCUGUUUCUUUUUCACUUGUAAUACCCUAUUUAUCAUGGUUUCCUGCUUUUUAGCUGAAUUAUUAAGAGGUUUAGUCAAUUUCCUCCUCGCUCAAAAUCUGUUUUUGUGUUUCGGACAUUCACUUUCUUUAGAUUUUAAAAAGGUGGCUAUCACAUUCUCUACUCCUGUAGUGGACCAAAUUCUUUUGACAUCCUUUUUAAAUCUGUAGAAGGUGAACGUGCGAUAAUCAAACAGUAGUUAUUGAGCAUCUAUCCACAUAAGCAGUGGUGUUGUACAUAUAUAGUGUAUAUUUCUUUGCUCCCCAUGUUAAUAAUCAUUGUGGCCUUUUUUUUUCAACAUAAGUUAUAUAUACAUUUGUCAGACUUAAUCCUGCACAUAUGUUUAAUUAGGUCAUAGUAAUGUUAAGAUAUAUUUGUGAUCCAACCCUUUGAUGGAUUUGUAUUUAGUUGCACUACCUAAGUGGGUGACUUCUGUAGAACCUCGGUAAAUAUUGCGUUGUCCUUUUUAAGUAUUGGGUAUUUAAUUGAAAAGAGCAAAAUGGUGAAAUAAACACUAAAGCUGUAAGAGAUGAA